AUGGAAUUAGUGACCUAUGAGGAUGUUCACAUUGACUUCACUCAGGAUGAGUGGGUUUUGCUGAAUCCUUCCCAGAAGUGUCUCUACAAAGAUGUGAUGCUGGAGACAUACAGCAACCUCACUGCUCUUGGCUACAGUUGGAAACAUCAUAAUUUUGAAGAGCAUUGUCAAAGUGCUAGAACACAUGGAAGGGAUAAGAGAAACCAUAAUGGACAAAAGCCCUCUGACUAUACUCAAUGUGAUAAAGCCUUUGCAUGUUACAGUCACCUUCAAAGGCUUAAAAAAUUUCAUUCUGCAGAGAAGCCAUAUGAUGGUAUUCAAUAUGAUGAAGCCUUUGCAGGUACCAGUUCUCUCCAAUUACUUCAAAGUACACAUGCUGAAGAGAAUCUCUAUGAAAGUAAUCAAUGCAGUAAAGACUUUUCAUAUGUCAGAAGUCUUCAAGUUCACAGAAGACAACAUUCUGGAGAGAAAACUGAUGAAUGUCAUCAAUGUGAAAAAGCUUUUUCAAAAUGCUCUAAACUCCAAAUACAGGAAAGAACACAUACUAAAGAGAAACGCUACGAAUGUAAUGAAUGUGGUAAAGUAUUUCUACGUCAAUAUAAUCUCCAAGUACAUAAAAGAACACAUACUGGAAUGAAACCCUACAUAUGUAAUCAAUGUGGUAAAGCCUUUUCACAGAACAGUAAACUUCGAGUACAUCAAAGGACACAUACUGGAGAGAAACCUUAUCAGUGUAAUCUAUGUGGUAAAGCCUUUUCACGGAACAGUAGUCUCCAAAUACACAAAAGAACACAUACUGGAGAGAUACCUUAUAAAUGUAACCAAUGUGAUAAAGCUUUUGCGUAUCAUGGUGAACUUCAAAGACAUCAAAGAACACAUACUGGAGAGAAGCCCUUUGAAUGUAUGCAAUGUAAUAAAGCUUUCUCAGAGCGCUCUAAACUCCAAAGACACAAAAGAACACAUACUGGAGAGACACCUUAUAAAUGUAACCAAUGUGAUAAAGCUUUUGUGUAUCAUGGUGAACUUCAAAGACAUCAAAGAACACAUACUGGAGAGAAGCCCUUUGAAUGUAUGCAAUGUAAUAAAGCCUUUUCAGAGCACUCUAAACUCCAAAGACACAAAAGAACACAUACUGGAGAGAAACCCUAUGAAUGUAAUCAAUGUGGUAAAGCCUUUUCAUAUGUCAAUAGUCUCCAAGUUCACAAAAGAACACAUACUGGAGAGAAGCCAUAUGAAUGUAAUCAAUGUGAUAAGGCCUUUUCACAACUCCGUAGUCUAAAAACACAUAAAAGAACACAUACUGGAGAGAAACCUUAUCAGUGUAAUCUAUGUGAUAAAGCCUUUUCACAGAACAGUAGUCUCCAAAUACACAAAAGAACACAUACUGGAGAGAUACCUUAUAAAUGUAACCAAUGUGAUAAAGCUUUUGCAUAUCAUGGUGAACUUCAAAGACAUCAAAGAACACAUACUGGAGAGAAGCCCUUUGAAUGUAUGCAAUGUAAUAAAGCUUUCUCAGAGCGCUCUAAACUCCAAAGACACAAAAGAACACAUACUGGAGAGACACCUUAUAAAUGUAACCAAUGUGAUAAAGCUUUUGUGUAUCAUGGUGAACUUCAAAGACAUCAAAGAACACAUACUGGAGAGAAGCCCUUUGAAUGUAAACAAUGUAAUAAAGCUUUCUCAGAGCGCUCUAAACUCCAAAGACACAAAAGAACACAUACUGGAGAGAAACCCUAUGAAUGUAAUCAAUGUGGUAAAGCCUUUUCAUAUGUCAAUAGUCUCCAAGUUCACAAAAGAACACAUACUGGAGAGAAGCCAUAUGAAUGUAAUCAAUGUGAUAAGGCCUUUUCACAACUCCGUAGUCUAAAAACACAUAAAAGAACACAUACUGGAGAGAAACCUUAUCAGUGUAAUCUAUGUGGUAAAGCCUUUUCACGGAACAGUAGUCUCCAAAUACACAAAAGAACACAUACUGGAGAGAUACCUUAUAAAUGUAACCAAUGUGAUAAAGCUUUUGCAUAUCAUGGUGAACUUCAAAGACAUCAAAGAACACAUACUGGAGAGAAGCCCUUUGAAUGUAUGCAAUGUAAUAAAGCUUUCUCAGAGCGCUCUAAUCUCCAAAGACACAAAAGAACACAUACUGGAGAGACACCUUAUAAAUGUAACCAAUGUGAUAAAGCUUUUGUGUAUCAUGGUGAACUUCAAAGACAUCAAAGAACACAUACUGGAGAGAAGCCCUUUGAAUGUAUGCAAUGUAAUAAAGCUUUCUCAGAGCGCUCUAAACUCCAAAGACACAAAAGAACACAUACUGGAGAGAAACCCUAUGAAUGUAAUCAAUGUGGUAAAGCCUUUUCAUAUGUCAAUAGUCUCCAAGUUCACAAAAGAACACAUACUGGAGAAACCUUAUCAGUGUAA